AUGUUCUCUCCCUCAUCUCACCUCCUAUCGGUGACCUCAGGUCAUCUUUUUCCACCGGCGACCUUGACUCAUCUGUUUCCACCAGCGACCUCGGGCUCACCUCAGGUCACCGGAGACUACAAUGACUGCUCAACUUUACAAGCCCUGAGUACGAUUAAGGUAUAUUUUUGUUUACAUGGUCGGCCUUAUCUUUAUCUCGAUCCUUCUCAACAACAGUUGUCGACUUGCUCAGCCGACCGUUGUUCUCCACAUCUCCAACUUCUUGCCUUCCCAUGAUCAGAUGCUUAUGAACCCAUGCAAUUCACUUAUGUUUUGCUCUAUAUGUUGAACUUUCACCAGACAUAUGGGGACUCCUCAUUCCAGGAUUGUAAGAAACCACCAAGUCUAUGUUUUGAAAGCCCUUCUAGGCUUCUUAAUGGUGAAAGCUUGAAAGUCGAAUCAAUUGCUGAUUUUGAUCUCUUCUUUAAGAGGCUGUAUAGCUACUACUGUGAAAAAUGUCUAUGUUGCAUAAUCAUUAAGUGGAUUGUUGAACUUUUGAGUUUGGCUUUUACCAUAUGUUUUUUGGGUUUGUCCAUAGGCAGCAGAUGUAAUGGAAGUCUUUAUCCAUCUUGGAGAGCCUUGUCAUGUUUGUCAGCUUCUUGUGCAGAUAGUUCAACAUAUACAUCAAGAGUUGAUGUGAGAACUGGAUGUGAUCUAGAUGGGCUUAAACUUGUUGUGGAGGUCGGAGCCUCUAUUCCUGAGUGUGCUAAUGGGACAAGCAUUGUGAUACCCAUACCAGGAGCUGUGAGUGAUGAGGAUAUGGCUAUGACAGGAGCAGGUACACGUGUACAUGACCAAGAUACAUCCAAGCUUCCAUUUUUAUCUGAUUUUGAAGAACUGGAGGGCGAAUUGGAUUUUCUAACUCGUGUGGUUGUACUCACAUUCUAUCCUGCUGUGCCAGCCAGAACCCCUAUCACACUUGGUGAGGUACCGUACAUUGACAACUUUACUUCCCAUCAUCUCACUUUAUUUUUUCUGAGAGACCUUUUUACUUCUAAUAUGAGGUUAUGGGAACAUAUCAAUAAAAUCAAACAAGAUACUCAUACCGUUACCAUUACCAACCCUUUGCCCUCAUCUGAUGCAAACAACAAUUCCUUUUCUACUGAUGAUAAUUCACUAAAAUCCAAAAAUUCCAGUACCUCCUGGGUAAACCUGUUAUCGGGUGAUGACAUUAUAUCUGUUUCACAACCAAUGCGACAAACUACUUUACAUGAUCCAUUUCUCAACCCAUUUCAUGAUCAUGAUGAAGCAAGUGAGCCUCCUCCACGUAAGUCUGAAUUAGGAAGACCAAGUUCUGCCUCGAGACUCAUAACUUCAGAUUCAUCGAACCUUGGUGUAAUUAUGGAACCUUCAUUGGCUGAACUGUAUCACAACUUAAGAAAAGAUCUCGCUGAGUUAUUCCAAUAUAAAUUUUUUGAUACUUCUGUUUAUGGUAGUGGGUUUCCACGUGUAGCUGAUGAAAGACCAUCACCAUUGGUCCCUGGUAUAGCCAUGGAGUGCGACGGUCUCCAGCUAAUGGUGGCUUGGCUUCACAGGGUAGCGAUGGCUAAUGGCGGUGAGCAGAGAGGACUCGACGAUUGA